AUACAGCUUAUCCACCUCCGUUAUCCCGCCAUGUGCGCACGCAGCUCGCCGAUUGCACGUCUCUAUAUAAGUCCAUGCAAUGAAGCUGAUAUCGCCUCCCUCCCGUGCGCACUUCCCCGCUCUUCUCACACAGCGCAGAUAUCGUGGCGCAGUGCACUACCAACGCGCUCGCAUUUCUUAUGGGGGAUGACGCCAUUGAUAGCGCGCUGACGUCAUCAUGUACGCCGGGCGGACCAAUGGCAGAGCUCAGCCCCCUCUCCUAUCGCUGAGCGCACUGGAAGCAGCGGCAGCCUGCGGAGAAGAGUGCAGCGCUCUGUCCCAUUGAUCAGCCCAGGACAGAAUAAUAUCAAGAAAACUUAUUUGGGAGAAAAAUAUGGAAUGCGUUUUACUGUUGAAUGAGCACGACCAGAGGAACUUUGUUAACAGUACUUUUAAAAUUCUCAGUUAGCAGUUUGUUCAUUCUCUUGAACACUAGCAAUUUCCAGAUAGAGCUGAUCACUGUUUACAUAGCUCUGCGUGACGGGUUUUCAUACUCUGGAGCCUGCUUCAUUUAGUCUUUAGUUAUUCUUUCUCACUUUACUUGUUUUCAACUGAAGUAAGAAAAAGAAACCGCCAAAAUGGUUCUUGACGAAUAUUUGUGGAUGGUUAUAUUGGGCUUCAUCAUAGCUUUCAUCUUGGCCUUUUCUGUCGGUGCAAAUGAUGUGGCCAAUUCGUUUGGCACUGCGGUGGGUUCGGGAGUGGUAACUCUACGGCAGGCGUGCAUAUUGGCUUCAAUUUUUGAAACAACCGGCUCGGUGUUGCUGGGAGCUAAAGUUGGGGAAACUAUUCGGAAGGGUAUCAUCGAUGUAAACCUUUACAACAACUCAGUGGACUUACUGAUGGCGGGAGAGGUUAGCGCUAUGGUUGGUUCGGCUGUGUGGCAGUUGAUCGCAUCCUUCCUGAAACUUCCAAUCUCCGGGACGCAUUGCAUAGUCGGAGCAACAAUUGGCUUCUCUCUUGUUGCUAUUGGUACACAUGGUGUGCAGUGGAUGCAGCUUGUCAAGAUUGUUGCCUCUUGGUUCAUUUCACCUCUUCUCUCCGGCCUGAUGUCUGGUGCUCUCUUUAUGCUGAUUAAGUUUUUCAUCUUGAAUAAGGAGGAUCCAGUUCCUGAUGGACUACGGGCUCUCCCAAUAUUUUAUGCUGCUACAAUAGGGAUUAAUGUAUUUUCCAUAUUAUACACUGGUGCACCACUGCUAGGACUUCAGAACUUUCCUGUGUGGGGCACUGUGUUAAUAUCAUUAGGCGUUGCCAUUUUAUUUGGUCUGUUAGUGUGGUUUUUUGUUUGCCCAUGGAUGAAAAAGAAAAUAGCAAGUCGAUUAAAGAAAGAAGCACUGUCGCGAAUAUCAGAGGAAAGCCUUGAUAAAAUUCAAGAUGAAGAUGUUGCUGUCUUCAAAGAGUUGCCUGGUGCAAAGGGGAAUGAUGAAAGUGUGGUGCCUCUUACUAGCACUGCCACUGAAGCUGCGAUUGUAUCAGAGUCUGUAACAAAUGGAAGUACAAGGGUACCAUAUGGAAGAGCUGCUUCAAUGACAAAUGGCUCAGUUAGAUCUCCAAUUUCUAAUGGUACAUUUAGUUUUGAAGGCCACAACAUGAAGAGUGAUGUUCAUGUGUAUCAUACAGUACACAAGGACUCAGGGCUGUACAAGGAUUUGUUACACAAAAUACACUUGGAUAGAGUGACUGAUGAUCGACCUCAUGACAACAACUACAGGGUGUUGAGACGCAACAACAGCUACACAUGUUAUACAGCUGCUAUUUGCGGGAUGCCUGUUCACUCAACAUUUAAAGCAUCUGAUAGCGCAACUGCAGAGGACAGUGAAAAGUUAGUUGGGGAUACUGUGUCUUACUCCAAAAAACGUAUACGGUAUGACAGCUACUCCAGUUACUGCAAUGCUGUAGCAGAAGCAGAAAUUGAGGCAGACGAAGGUGGCAUAGAGAUGAAGCUUGCUACAGAACUAGCUGAUCCAAAUCCCCCUCAGGAUGACUCUUUGGAAGAGGACAAAGAAGAAAAAGACAAGUCAGCAGUCCACUUGCUUUUCCACUUCCUACAGAUUUUGACAGCCUGCUUUGGAUCAUUUGCUCAUGGAGGGAAUGAUGUCAGUAACGCCAUUGGACCUCUAGUUGCUCUGUGGUUGAUUUACCAGCAAGGAGGAGUAAUGCAGGAAGCUUCAACACCAGUGUGGUUGCUUUUGUAUGGAGGAGUGGGUAUCUGCACUGGCCUUUGGGUAUGGGGUAGAAGAGUGAUCCAAACUAUGGGCAAAGACCUAACCCCAAUUACACCAUCCAGUGGAUUUUGCAUUGAAGUAAUGUGUGGGCUAACUGUACUAUUAGCCUCUAAUGUUGGUAUACCCAUAAGCUCCACUCAUUGCAAGGUUGGAUCGGUGGUGUCAGUGGGUUGGAUCCGCUCGAGAAAAGCUGUGGACUGGCAUUUGUUUAGGAACAUUUUCCUGGCUUGGUUUGUGACGGUGCCUGUGGCUGGUCUCUUUAGUGCAGCAGUAAUGGCCCUCUUUCAAUACGGUAUCCUACCCUAUGUCUGAUCAUAUAACCUCCUGACUACUAAGGAAAAAAUCCUAUAUAAAUAUCCUAUUCUGGAAACCCCACAAAGCUACAGCAAUAUGAAAAGCCGUUCGCUUCACCAACAAUGUGGAGAAUAACAAGCCCUUCUACUUCUCAAUGCAUCAUCAUCAUCAUCGUGAUGUAAUAAUUUUGCUGUAUAUAAUGUAUGUCAAAUUGGUGAUAUGGUGAGAUGUGGCUCAUGACUUAUAUUUAAAUAAACAUAUAUAUAUAUAUAUAUGCGUAUAGUAGGUUACACUACCAGAGCAUUAUAAUUUGGGAUGGGAAUUAUUGCAUAGCCUUUUAUAUCUAGAUAAAAGCUGUACAUAAUGUAUUAUUUUUGUGAAGUUGCUUUUUUUUAAUCAAAAAAUAGAAUGAAUUAUUAAAGAUGCCCACGUCUACUUGAGAUAUAUAUAUAUAUAUAUAUAUAUAUUUAUAUAUAUAUAUACUGUAAGUGAUAAGCGAGGUACGGGAUGACUAAAUAUACAUUUUGUAAAGAGAAGUAGGGUUAUGAUGGAAUAUAACGAAGACUGGAACAAAAGAUGUGCAUAAUUGUUUAUAGAUAAAGGUUCAUGCCCAAGAAGUAGAAUUGUAUGUAUUAUAAUUUACAUUUGUAAAUACAUUUGCACAUUCACAUUGGCACAUUUCCCUUCCACAUGUUUAUUAGGAACGUGUAGUAGCAUACCAAAGAAGGUAGGAUGUUCCUGGCAAGUAUAUGAGUCUAGUGACAUUUGUGUGUGUCAAUGCUUUAACAAUCUGCUACUUGUCCAAGCCUUCAGAAUGAAUCACUUUUGUGCUGUAAUGAAGCCAGAUGAAAAUAUGUGGAACAGCACUUGUAGAUGUAGAUGUGCAGCAAUAGUUAUGAAUAUAAUCCAUAUUUUCCUCAACUCCAGUCCUUGAAAGCUCCCAGUAAAUCGGGCUUUAAGGAUUUGCCAUAAAGGCAACACAUGUGACAAUUACUGAUGUCAUGGAACGGAAAAUUCUAGUCAAAAACAAAGAAAUCACAUAUACUAUAAAGACUUUAUUCUCUCUGUUAUUUCAUUUUACCGCAUAUUUUUACCAUAUUAGCUUCAUAAGUAGCCUAUUUUUUACCAUAAAAUCCACCCACAGUGGUAAUCUAAGAUUUGUAUAUCUUAAAAGGAAGCUGUCUGUGGGGAGCAUAAAACAGAUGCAGGGAGCGGGGUCCCAGGACACUAUGAUUUACUCUGAAACUCUCGGGUGUUUUAGAGAAAUUACAGUUUUUUUAAAUAAGCUGCUCAGACCCAUUAGUCAUUGGGACAGCUGGAUGGAGAGCUGGUAGGGAGAGACGCAUCACUCAAGGCCUGCGGAGCCUGACCGAAGGAACGCAGAGACCAGUGAAGGGCCAGGAGUGUUGGAGCGGCAGUAGCAAGGGACCAGAUGAGGCGGUGAUUAUAGGUUGUUUAUUUUUAUACAACCGAGACUUUGCUUUUGCCUGGACAACCUCUUUUAAGUUCCCCUGCCAGCAUUAAAGUAACUCUUGCUAUCAGUUGAAAAUGGUGGAGAUAAAAGGAAAUUGAUCCCUGUGUAGAUUUACUUUAAGGGCAUGCAAAGACUAUUGCAGUAGUGCAGGAAAUUUAGUGUUCCUUUAAGGCUAUUUUCACACUUUGGAAAGUCCGCACAGAGUUUUUCCUAAAACUGCAGGCACCAGCAUAACAUGCCAGCACUAAGACCGCACUAGAAUACAUCUCAUAGACGCCUGUGUAUUCCGUGCGGAGUCCGUAGAAAGAAUGAACAGAUCAUUCUUUGUUCAGACACAGAAAUCGGAAUUUCCGUGCCAGAAAUGAAAAUUCCGCUGUGUGCAUAGAGUGCGCCGCAGAAUCCCAUAGAAUUCAAUGAGACUCUGCUGCUCCAGAAUCUGUGCAGAAUUCAAGUGUAAACAUAGCCUUAGGAGAUUCUUAGUACAUGACCUGCUGCUUGCUAUUGAGGACUGGAGUUGAGGAAUACUGAAGUAAUUGCUUGUAGUGGAUCACUUAAUGAUUGCAUUGUGGUAUUGUGAAUUCUCAAUAACAUUACUAUGCCAAACUUUAACAUUGGGCCCAGCAAUAGGUAGUGUGAACAUUUCAUUUCCUCAUAAUAUGCUGAAGCUCCUAAAAUCUUUUGUGGUAAAAGUAAAUAUUUUGGAAUAGAUAGGAAACAAUGUAAAGGUAUAGAAUGCUUUACUGGUGUAACAGCCUUUUAAAACUGAUGACCCAGCCUCAGAUGUUGCAAGAUUGUGCAGCAUUGUUCUGUUCAUUCGAAUUAGAUGAUGUUGUGAUACCUAGCACUUUCUGCUAUUAAAAUUCGUGUUUGCAACUGUAAACUGACUUGCAGGUAAAGAGGCCACAGCACUUCUACAAAUGCUGUUGCCACUUCAAACAGCUGAUAUCAGUUGGGGUACAGGAGUCUGGCCCCCGCCAAUCUUAUGUUGAUAGCCCAUCCUGAGGAAUAAACCAUCAGUGAAGGCUGGAAAAGCUCUUCAAAGGAUUGUCAUACAAGGUCAGUGGGGGUAAUUUAACAAAACCUGUGUAGAGGAAGAGUGGUGCAGUUGCCCAUAGCAACUAAUAAGAUUCCUUCUUGUAUGUUUCACAGUGUAUAAUAAUUCUGCACUCAAUAAUAUCAGUGGUGCAUGAGUAGGGUCCCACCCCAAUCUUCAAAACAAAAACUUGACACGCUAAUGAUUAUUCAAUGCUUGAUAGUAUCUUAUCAAUUGGUAAUUAAUAGAUUGCCAAUUCAUAAAACACUAUCAAGCAAUGGAAAAUCAUUCCAAAGUGCGAAGUUAGUUUUUGUAUUUUUUUAGAGGCCUUUUUAACCCCUUAACGACGCAGGGUAUUUUCCGUUUUUGCAUUUUCAUUUUUUCCUCAUCACCUUCUACAAAUCAUAACUCUUUCAAUUUUGCACCUAAAAAUCCAUAUUAUGGCUUAUUUUUUGUGCCACCAAUUCUACUUUGCUGUGACAUUAGUCAUUUUAUCCAAAAAUCCACGGCGAAAUGGGGAAAAAAAAUCAUUGUGCGACAAAACUGAAGAAAAAAUGCCAUUUUGUAAAUUUGGGGGCUUCCGUUUCUACGCAGUGCAUUUUCCGGAAAAAAUUCCACCUUCUCUAUAUUCUGUAGGUCCAUAGGGUUAAAAUGAUACCCUACU